AUGAUCAAGAAUCAACAGAAAUACCCAACAUUAAAAACACCUGGUAAAACGAAAACAACGGCCAAAUAUUCCAAACAACAGAAAUUCACUCGAAAGUCCUCAAACAUCGUUAUUUCAGCUGCCCGUAUCCCUACCAUCCAUGCACCAAGAUUCGGCCUCAUCCAAGAAACCUUGUCAACAAAUCUCUACGCACUUCUUGUUGCCACAGUUCUCUGGAAUCGUACUCGCGGUACUCAAGCCCGACCCGUCUUUGACAAACUCAUCUCCAAGUAUCCAACGCCUACUCAUCUCGCUGCAGCUUCCUUCGUGGAUCUUGCAGAACUUAUCCGUCCCAUAGGGUUGUACAAUUCAAGAGCUGCACGAUUUAUCGCAUUUGCUAAAGCAUGGGUUGAGAAUCCCCCACACAAGACGAAAAGAUACAGGAAGUUGCAUUAUCCAAUUAAAGGAGACGGAAGCGAUGUUGGCAAGAAUGAGGUCUUGGAUGAGGAUGACGAGAGGCAGGGUUGGGAAGUAGCUCAUCUUCCUUCCCUUGGACCUUAUGCUAUCGAUAGUUAUCGAAUUUUCCAUCGCGAUAUGCUAAGAGGUCUAGCAAAAGAUUGGAACGGGGACAAAUCAGAACCAGGCUUUGAACCAGAAUGGAAAAGAGUAGUUCCACUGGACAAAGAACUCCGGGCAUUUCUCCGCUGGAUGUGGUUGAAGGAAUCAUGGAUCUGGGACCCAGAGACGGGAAACAAAGUCAAGGCUUCAGCUGAAAGGUUGGAAUCUGAGAGGCUGCGGACUAGGAGUUUAUCGCCGGAGGGAUUUCGAGUUGUUCGACGGUAG